GCAAGUUCGCCCAGGAGCGGGCGCAGCGGGCCGAGAUGCUCCUCCGGGACCUGGUGCUGCGCCGCGGCUGCUGCUGGCCCUCGCUGCUGCUGCACUGCGCUCUCCACCCGCUCUGGGGCUUCGUGCAGGUGACACACGGGGAGCCCCAGAAGUCCUGCUCCAAGGUGACCGACAGCUGCCGACACGUCUGCCAGUGCCGGCCCCCGCCCCCGCUGCCCCCGCCGCCCCCGCCCCCGCCGCCUCCCAGGCUGCUCUCCGCCCCAGCUCCCAACUCUACCUCUUGCCCCGCUGAGGAAAGCUGGUGGUCGGGGCUCGUGAUCAUCAUUGCCGUAUGCUGUGCCUCCCUGGUGUUCCUGACUGUGCUCGUCAUCAUUUGCUACAAAGCCAUAAAAAGGAAACCACUGAGAAAGGACGAAAAUGGCACCAGUGUUGCUGAGUAUCCCAUGAGCUCUUCACAGAGCAGCAAAGGGGUGGAUGUGAACAACGCGGUGGUGUGAGUCUGCAAGCCUUGGACCUGCUGGCCAGAGGGACACCUUGGUGGCAUAGCGGACAUGGGAAAGCAGAUGGACAUGAGCUGACACUGGGCUUGUCCAGGACUUCAUUGCCUUGCAGGCCUUGAGCCUCCCAAAGGAGAAACAAUCCUCUUCCCAGGCUCGCCUCUGGUUGGCCUGGGCAGGGGUAGCUCGGACACCAGGCUGAGCCUGGCUGACUCUGCAUGCGGCACCAGGGCAGCGUCACCACCCGAGACCCUCCACACCCUCCUCCUUGUCUGAUAUUUGAUCCACCGCCUGCCCCCAGCUGCUGUCUAAAGCCCGCGCACUGAUGAAGGCCAGGAUGGGGGGUUGGUUUGUCUACUGGGGUGGGGAGGCCUCCCCUUUUACCAAAAAGAAAGGUGAUCCAGGGCCCACUCCCCUUCCUGAAACCCUCCCCUCCUCCCAGGAAGCCCACCUGCUUCUCUGUUGACGUUCCCAACAGAAGCCAUUGGCACAGCCAGGAGACAGACGUCCCCUUUCAAAGGUGCUUCCCAUCCAUCUGUCUGUCACCCCAUCCGUGAUUGUCUUCAGUCUUCAGGACCUGCCUUCUCCCUUCUGUCCCCACUGAUGCAGGGGGCCCUCGGCUCCUGACUGCUUGCCAUGGAGGCUGCAAGCCCAGCCGGCAAAAUCCCCUCCCGAGCAAAGAGGCUCAUUUACACUCGGGGGUAGUAUCUGGCCUUCCAUGGGCAAAAUGACUCCCUGAAGCCUAAGCCAGGAACCUCCAGGCAAGGGCAGUGGCCACUGCACCUGUUCUCAGACUCAUUCCUACACCUGACCCCAUAGGAACUGAUGCAUCCGUGUGAGCCAGGCCUUGCCUUACUUGGGCAGAGGCCACCACCUGUGGCAACCCCCCUGCGGGCACUCUGUACUAGGCUGGCGCUGAGUCUGCCUGACCCCAUGGUCCUCAGACCCAAUCCCCGCCUCACCUAGAAGGAGGUGAUCUAAAUGUCUAUUCCCGUGGUCCUAUGCUGUAAAAGUGCUGAGCCCUCCAGAGUGGUUGGAGGAUGAGAGGAUGAAUGGGAUGGGAGGAGAGGAACACUCCAGGCUUGGUGAACCCAACCGCUCCGCCCCCGCCCACCUGGCCUGUCUCCCAGGUGGCCACCUGCCCCAUGGGGCACAUCAGGGGGUCCACGGAGACAGCAGCCUUGUGAAUUUGCAUGCCCUGGCCGAUUAGGAGGACACCCUGUCCCUGUGGCUCCCCCCACCACCCCACACGCUUGCUCAAAAGGAACCGGCACACUGAAUGGUUCCACCCUCAAGCCACAUAGGGAUUUAGCUGGGUGGACCUGGUUUGCCUCCUUAGCCACCACUGUCCUUCUCUGGCAGGAGUUUGGGCUACAGGUAAGGCUUUCAAACCCGGGGGGGAAGACUGACAGACGUGAAAACCAGUCCCCAUUUGGGCAGAACAUUUAAAUACCCUAGUACCCACAGAGCAGUCUGUGUGUCAUUGUCCUGCCCCCAGGUCAGACGGUGCAGGCUGCGGAUAGGCCUGGGGCACACCCUCCCACAAAGGGUUUUUUUUUUUUUUCUUUUCUCUUUGCCUUCUGUUUGAGGACUCGUUAGAGGUUUGGAGUUGGAUCUGGCUUUCCCAGUGCACCUUGGCAUUGGCACAGCGCUGCCGAUGGCUUUCUUCAUUGCCACCCCUGCCCCCAGCCAGGUGAGCACUUUACAGAGCUCCUGGGACGCAGAGCCAGGUGACAAACAAGCCAGAGGAUGUGGGUCAGUGGCAGGGCAGGGGUGGGAAACCUGGCAGCCCCUCCCACUGGAGGCCUGGAUUUUGCAAUUAGCCUAAUCCUAAUCUGCAACCUCCUGGUGCCUGCAGAACCCCCUGCCUGCGCCCUAAGCAGACAACUGGGCAGUACCCCCGCCCUGAACACACACCGCUGUGGGCUUCACCAGUGAGAAGCCUGUGCCUUGGCUGGCUGGAAGCUCAGGAGUGAUAAGAGGGCAACUUCAGCCAGAGGGGAGACUUCUGGCUAAGGGAUCGUGGAGUGCCGGCAGCUUUGCACUCACCUGCCGGGUCCCACCCACCCGACCUUGGCUUAAAUUGAGGAGGCUCCGAUUUUGCAAUUAGCCUAACCCUCAGCCCCAGGUGAGGCUCCCUGACAAGGAACCACAGCUGAGCCAUCAUCAUGCUUUGGGGCCUGUGCCCCUUCCCAGAGCCACUGACACACCCGGGCUCCAGUCUGUCCAUACAUUUCCCCUCUUCUCACCUAGUGGGUGAAAGCCGGUUUUUAAGAAGGAUUCACUGAGGACCAAUCCCCCAGACCCAGAACCAGAUACUCGGAAGAUGCAUCUCGUGGCACAGCAAGAGUCUCACCCGAUUUUUAGCGUCUGAGACCGAAGCGAUCUGAAGACCGUGCCCGCCUAGUAUUUGAGCUUAGUUAGACCUCUGACUUAAAAUGAAUCCACAGCCCCCGAACACAGACCGACCCUCAGACCGGUCCGAGCUCAGAGGUUGAGAAUGAAGUGCACCUUCCUCCUCGUCCUCUCAAACAGAUAUUUUCCAGCCUUCUCAUAGUUGAGCCCAACUUUGGAACUCGGUGAGAUGCAGGAUCUCCCAGAGGUUUCAGGUGUUCCUGAGAAGCUUCUAAGGGAAGUCUUGGAAGAAAGACUAAGAGGUGUAAAAACAUAAACAUAUAUAUUCUAUAUAGUCAUAUAUAUUUAAAGAGAUAUCUAUAUGUAUAAUCACCGUACUCUCUGCAUCUGUACCAAGUGUGAGUCCAGCCGCCCAGGUAGUGCGAGACGAGUAAUGCAUGAGUGUAAAUCCCCCGACGUCUGCCUCCUUCGCCGUGUGCCGUGUGUGCAGGGAGAUGACGCUCGUUCCUGGGAGUUCUGUCAACGGGCAAAUACACAAGUCGACGCGGUCCUGUCCGCCAGCUAGCCGUGAGUGUUGACUUUGUGCUGAGACUGCACGGGAAGCGUUGUACCGGCAGCAUCAGGGGUGGGCUGUAUGCUACUUACGAGGAAGAAAGCACCAGG